GAUCCAACAGCGCCAUCUAUGGGCGGACUCCUAUCAGUGCUUCUGGCCGCCCGAAGUCACCGCCUCACCGCUGCAAAACACAGCACAGGCCGGGCUGCUGUCUCUCUCCGAAUAACACCAAGGAAUACCAUCAAGAUGUCUGACAUGGAGGACGAUUUCAUGUGCGACGAUGAGGAAGAUUACGACCUGGAAUAUUCAGAGGACAGCAAUUCAGAGCCAAAUGUGGACCUGGAGAACCAGUACUACAACUCCAAAGCACUGAAGGAGGAUGAUCCCAAAGCAGCACUCAGCAGUUUCCAGAAGGUGCUGGAACUGGAAGGAGAGAAAGGUGAAUGGGGAUUCAAAGCACUUAAACAGAUGAUCAAAAUCAACUUUAAGCUGGUAUGCUAUGACACAAAUCGCAUGCAUAUGCAUCCAUACAGACAAGAUAUGAUUAUUGCUCACUGGUUUUACCCUGUCUGGACCUUGCAGACCAACUUUCCAGAGAUGAUGAACCGGUACAAGCAGCUCCUCACGUACAUCAGAAGUGCAGUCACCAGGAACUACUCAGAGAAGUCCAUCAACUCCAUCUUGGAUUAUAUCUCUACAUCCAAACAGAUGGACUUGUUACAGGAAUUCUAUGAAACCACAUUGGAGGCUUUGAAGGAUGCAAAGAAUGACCGACUUUGGUUUAAAACAAACACAAAGUUGGGGAAGCUGUACUUGGAGAGAGAGGAGUACGGAAAACUUCAGAAGAUCCUUCGGCAGCUUCACCAGUCAUGUCAGACAGAUGACGGGGAGGAUGACCUGAAGAAAGGCACACAGCUGUUGGAGAUCUACGCUCUUGAAAUCCAGAUGUACACAGCACAAAAAAACAACAAGAAGUUAAAAGCCUUGUACGAGCAGUCGCUUCAUAUUAAAUCUGCCAUUCCUCACCCGCUCAUAAUGGGAGUAAUCAGAGAGUGUGGCGGGAAGAUGCAUCUGAGAGAGGGUGAGUUUGAAAAGGCCCACACAGACUUCUUCGAGGCCUUCAAAAACUACGAUGAGUCUGGAAGCCCGAGAAGGACGACAUGCCUGAAGUACCUGGUCCUAGCAAACAUGCUGAUGAAGUCAGGAAUAAACCCUUUUGACUCUCAAGAGGCCAAACCGUACAAGAAUGACCCAGAGAUCCUAGCAAUGACCAACCUAGUAAGCGCCUACCAGAACAAUGACAUCACUGAAUUUGAGAAAAUCUUGAAAACAAAUCACAGUAACAUAAUGGACGACCCCUUCAUUAGAGAGCACAUAGAGGAGCUGCUGCGCAACAUUAGAACUCAAGUACUUAUCAAACUCAUCAAACCAUACACAAGAAUACACAUCCCUUUCAUUUCUAAGGAGCUAAACAUUGACGUGUGCGACGUGGAGAGUUUGUUGGUACAAUGCAUCUUGGAUAACACAAUUCACGGACGAAUCGACCAAGUCAACCAGCUACUAGAACUUGACUACCAGAAGCGAGGCGGAGCCCGCUACACAGCUUUAGACAAAUGGACAAAUCAGCUGAACUCCUUGAACCAAGCCAUCGUUAGCAAGCUCACAUGAUGGCAUGUAACGUCAAGAGACAAGGAAAGUGGCAUGUUCGAAUACAUCCAUAAAGUAUGCUACUGUGCUUCUUCAAGUAUAUCCUCUGAGGCAAGAUGCACAGCACAGGUUUUGAGAAUGCGUCAAUUUCAAGAAGACUCCGAGAACCCCGAGAUGAUGAUGUUCAGGGUGUUUUGUUUUGUCUUGGUGAGAGGAAAUCACUAACACUUAUUUUUGUUAUUCAUGUUCCCGAUUGGCGGAUUCUUCCAUGUGCUACACACAAAUGCUUCGGUUGUUUAAAAAAAAAAAAAAAAAAAAAAGUCAAAAUGUGUAUAAAAGCGUGUACACAGUAUUUUAAUGUAUACUGUUGCCUGUUGGUAAUAAACUGAUUUCUCUCAGCACUGAAA